AUGAAACGCCACCACACAUCUUCCAGUAAAAUGGGGAAGACCGCUGGUGGAGGAUCAGCAAGAAAACCAUUUCAAUCAGAAAAUCAGCAAGGGCCCUCCAGCAAAAAAAAGGGAACAGAUGGAGAAGGAGGAAAACAAGGUCAAAAAAGAAGUGAAUUGCUUUCCUUUCAGGUCACUCAGACAGUCAAAAGGAAAGCUAAGGAACAACGGGACUAUUCCCCUGCAGGAGAAAAAGGUUCUUCAAAAAAGGUGAAGCUAACCAGUGCUAAAACAGGAUCUUGGCAGACUCUCUCAGAGAGCAGUAGGCAGUUUCUGGAAACUGUUAUGGAUUCAACAAUACUAUCUGUUUUGUGCCAACGAAUUGAAAGAAAAGAUGAUGUUCAGAGGCACCUCAAUUUACUGAAAGAAAGGGUGCUGAGAUUUUUCAAGACUUUAAAAGUGCCUCCGGGGAAGCUGGGCAACCUGAAGAAUAUCCCGAGCCUUCAAAUGGCAGAGAAACAAAUGCUUGAGACAAAUGAAGAGUCUUUGGUACAGUUGCAGGAAGAAAUAAAUGAAGCUGAGCAAUCAGCAGAACGCAUUGAAGAAACUAUACAGCAGCUGCAGCACAAAAUCCAGGUGCUCAAGAACCAGUUAGAGGAAGAUGAAAAAAAGGCCAGGAAGGUAUUCCAGGAAAAUGGCAGUGGAGCACUCUGCCUUCCAGAGCUCCCCAGGCGCAGUUUACAGGCACCUACUUUGCAGGAAGAAAUUUUGAAGAUAAAAAAUCAGAAAGGUCUUUUAAAGGAUAUGAACACUAUUCAGCAGUCAGCUGCCUUGAAGAACAUGUUAACCCUCAUUGAAAAGACCUAUGAGAAGGUGGACUUCCUUUGAGAAACGAAAUAUAUGGAGUCUCCUUUGCAGAAGAUAACCUAGGCCAACACUCUGUGUUAAUGUAGAGCAGCAGAAUGCCAAUCAUGGAAACAGUGUUUUCCUCCUAAUGGCUUUACUGUUGUGACUGCUGAAUUUCUGUUAAAACAUUUUCUAUGUGUAUUGGUAUACAAGUCUGUAAGUGCUUUCUGAGACUUCAGUGAUUUAAGUGAUCAAUCAAAGUUUUUUGUCAGGUGGGUUUUGGACCUGUGAUGACUUCUAAUGAUGAUAUACACUCUCUUAGGAGAAGAGAGGGAAAUGGAUCCUGAGUUUAUUUGGGCAUUUUCAUGGACUAAAGCAACCUAGUCCAUCAUAUUUGCACUUGUAUAUCACAUCUGUAAAUCGGUGAAGGUAGUAUCUCAUAGCAAACUAACUUCUGUUUUGGGCUUAAAUCCUCUUUAAACCUGAAACAUGUAGUAAAAACAUGAUUAUCUAAUGCUCAGUUACAAAUCCCCUGUUCCAACUUUCAUAUCAUUUUUUAAUA